AUGUCCACCAUCAGCAGCUCAAACAAUGCCUUUGCCUUGGAGCUGUUCCGCACUCUGAACCAGACAAACCCUGCUGGGAACAUCUUUGUCUCUCCACUGAGCAUCAUCUCAGCCCUGGCCAUGGUCUACCUGGGAGCUAAAGGAGACACUGCAGCUCAGAUGGCUCAGGCCCUCUCAUUCAGCUCAGGUGAAGGCGUCCAUGCAGACUUCCAGAAACUGAACGCUGACAUCAACUCACCAUCUGCAUCCUUUUUUUUAAAACUAGCCAACCGUCUUUAUGGAGAAAACACUGCCCACUUCCUCCUAGGUUGUAUCCACAUCAAUUACUCGCUUCAUAAAGACUUCCUUGAAAACACACAGAAGUACUACCAGGCAGACCUGAAGGCUGUGGACUUCGUUGCAGCUCCAGAGGCGUGCAGAGCAGAGAUCAACAGCUGGGUCAAGCAGCAAACAGAAAAUAAGAUAAAAGACCUUCUGAAGCCAGGAACAGUCAACAAAGAUACCAGACUGGCUCUGGUCAAUGCUGUCUACUUCAAGGGCAACUGGAGUAACAGAUUUGAUGAGGCAAACACCAAAGAGAUGCCCUUUAAAGUCAAACAGAAUGAGACCGUACCAGUCCAGAUGAUGUACCAGAGGAAGGAGCUUCCCUACAACUACAUUCCUGAUCAUGAUAUGCAGAUCCUGGAGCUGCCCUAUGUGGGUGAGGAGCUCAGCAUGUUCAUUCUGCUGCCUAAGGAGUCCUCAGAUGGCUCAGACCCUCUGCUGAAGUCCAGCCCUGACAACAGAUAUUCAGAAUGA